AUGCUCGCGCUGCAGCGACCAAAGUUCAUCCGCAUGGGCUACUGGGACAUUCGCGGGCUCGGCGCGCCGCUGCGCAUGCUGCUCGCCUACUCCGGUGUGGAGCACGAGCUCGUCUUCCACGAGGAGGCCGAGGACAGCAGCUGGUUCGAGGUGAAGAAGCCGGAGAUGAAGAAGAAGAACGCGCUGGCCAACCUGCCGUACCUCGAGGUCGACGACGGCAGCCUGGUCGUGUGCGAGAGCAACGUGUGCCUCAUGUACCUGCAGGACAGCCUCGGCCUCGGGCCAAAGUCGGAGGCCGCCAAGCUGCAGAGCUACGCGCUGCUCUCCAUGUACAUGUGCACGCGCAACGACAUGGUCAACCGCGCGUACUUUGAGGACGUGCUCUCGCCGCCGCCGUGCCCGACGCGCGAGGCCUUUGACGCGUCCAUGAAGGACCUCCUCGCGUCCGGCCCCUUCUCCAAGUACGAGGCCAGCCUCGAGCUGUCGGGCACGCCCUUCUUCGCCGGCGAGACGCCGUGCGCGUGCGACUUUGCCAUCUGGGAGAUGCUCGACCAGUACACCAAGCUCGCCGCCGACCUCGCCGAGCCGCCGCCGCUCGCAAACCUCCCGCUCUGCGCGGCCUUCCACCGGCGGCUGCGGGAGCUGCCGCAGCUGGCGUCGUACUUUGCGUCGCCGGCGUACGCGCUGCCGUGCAACUCGCCCGCCCUCACGCAUUGGAACUAG